GUUUAAAGUCGUUUCCCUUUCAAGCCACAGUUUUGAAAACGAUGUCGCGUGACGGAAAAACGGGGGUUCGGCUUAUGCGACCUGGUGUCGUCGUGCUUGUAUUAGCUGGACGCUAUGCAGGGAGGAAAGCAAUUGUUAUUAAAAGUUACGAUGAAGGUUCUGGAGAAAAGCCUUAUGGUCAUGCUCUUGUUGUUGGCAUUGAUAGAUAUCCAAGGCGUAUUCUCAGAAGAAUGGGAAAAAAAAGGAUGGAAAGUCGGUGUAAAAUCAAGCCUUUCAUUAAAGUUUUGAACUACAAUCAUCUAAUGCCUACAAGACAUUCAGUCAACAUCAUAUUCGAUACCAAGGUGAUAAAUAAAAACGCUCUGGUUGAUAAAUCAUUGCGCAAAAAGGCCAGGAUGGAAGCUAAGCUGAAAUUGCAACAGAGGUAUAAAUCUAAUGAAAAUCCCUGGUUCUUCCAUAAACUUCGUUUCUAACGGACAAAUUUUAUAAUUGUCGUCGUGAUUGCAAUAAACUGUGCUACCGAAUCAUCGGGAAAGUACAUGUGACCAUAUGAUUUUCCUGACCUCAAACUAUGGAGAAUUUCAAAUUUUACAGACCUAAUAGACGUUCUAUUCCAUUUAGCUUAUAUACUAAUUUUGAUUGAAUGCAGCUACUUAGUUUCCUGAUAAAUGAGAUAAAGUGUUUUUCAGUACUAUUUAACCUAAUGGUUUUUUGUAUAUUUAUUCGUAACUUAAACGUUCAUUAACUAAAUGCACGAAUGCAUAUUUUAUAUGCUGAAGUGCAUUCUACCUGCUUGACUUUGUUAUGUAAUUAUAAUUAUCUUUGGUAUUCUAUUAAGCUGUUUCAGAAUGGUCUUGUUCUAGCAUUCAUGAAUGUUAAAGUGUUGUCGGAUGUUAACUUUAAAAUACAAUGAACAUAAA